ACUCACUGUAGCAGUCACUGACAGGCCUAGGUACAGGUUGCGAUGAUGAUGAGGCUCACACGUGUGUACACCGUUCUUUUCUUUGUUUUCGUUGCGAUUGAGACAGCUGUAAGCCUGUCUGGUCAACCAGCAGCCGUCUGUGUUACUACCGUAAGGAACACUAUCACUAAGAGAAGCACUGCAGCAAGAUCCUACACGGAGAGCUACACUACAGAUUGUUUUAACUUGUGGUCAUGGUGGAAAUGCUCUAGGACAAGAACUCGGUAUGCGACAGCAUACUACACAUCCUAUUCUACAGGAGUGAAGAAAGUUCAGUACUGCUGUCAGGGUUACACACGAAAGGGUGACAGUUGCAUUGCUCUGUGUUCUCCAACUUGUAGAAAUGGAGGAACUUGCGUCAAACCUAAUCAGUGCAAAUGUGCUUCAGGAUGGACAGGAAAGGACUGCAAUACACCAAUUUGUUCACCUAAAUGCAAAAGUAAUGGAGGCAAAUGUUAUACACCCUACAAGUGCACCUGCCCAGCUGGAAUGACCGGUCCAACCUGUUCUCAAGAUGUAGAUGAGUGUGAAACUUCAAACAUAUGCCACCAAACCUGCAUAAACUCUCACAGAAGUUUUCGUUGUGGAUGCAAGUCUGGUUAUGACUUACUCCCUAACCGCUUCUCCUGCACUAAAAGAUGUCCUAAAGGUUGUGUGAAUGGAAGCUGCCAUCGUAUUAGCAAAGGCAGCGGCAGUUCACUGAGUCACCAUUUUCAGUAUGAAUGUAGAUGUAGGGCUGGAUGGAGUGGCGUUGCCUGUAACAUACCUGUCUGCCUUGGUGGCUGCUCUCAUGGUCGAUGUGUGUCUCCAAACACGUGUCUGUGUGAAAAGGGAUGGGAAGGAGUGUCUUGUAGUGCGCCAGUGUGCCCGGGUGGUUGUGUAAAUGGAAUUUGUAUUAGACCAGAGAAAUGCUUGUGUGAGAAAGGAUACAACGGUAGCCAAUGUCAUGCUCCCAUUUGUCUAAAAACACAAUGCUAUCAUGGAGUCUGCACUGCACCUGAAACUUGUACUUGCAAACCAGGAUGGCAAGAUGUGGAGUGUAACCUACCAGUUUGUAAGGAAGCCUGUCAGAAUGGAGGAAGGUGUAUCUUACCCAACACAUGCGAGUGUGAUAACAGCAAAUGGACUGGACAAUAUUGUGAGACACCUAUCUGCCAGCAGCAGUGUUUAAAUGGAGGAACUUGUACGGCACCUGGAGUUUGCUCUUGUCCUGAUGCCUUUGCUGGAAACUUAUGCCAGAUUGCUAUGUGUACUGAUCUACCAGCUGUACUCGGCAGCAAGUGGAGCUGCAUAGUGUCCAAUAAUAGUCGCAGUUGUAGCCUGACUUGCAGUGAUGGGUAUGACUUUGUAUAUCCUGCUAAUGCCAACAAUCUGUAUUCCUGUGAUAGCAAUGGAAGGUGGGAUGAAACGGUCGUCAAUCAACGAUCACGUGAGCUACCUGUUUGUGGCAAAGUCGAACCUGUGGCACUCAUUAGCAUAGUGAGUUUGGAAUUUGAAUAUCAAGGUGUUUGUGAAAAUUUGACACAAAGCAAUCGCAAUCAACUGGAAGAAACAACUACUCGUCAGGUGAUGAAUGCUCUGUGCAGUCGAGUAGACUGCAUGCAUACAGACAUCACAACAAAGCUCCAACAGUGUAAAAGUGCACCAAGUGAUGCCUUCCUUUCAAAGAGAUCAGUGAUGCAAACAAGAGGACUUGACAUUACGUUCACUAUCAGAGUAAAUGUCAGUCAUAUUAGCACAUUGACACAUUGUACACCGGAAUGUCAACAAAAUAUCAGCCAGAUGUAUACAACUAUGAGGGAAAAUGUAGUCACCCUUAUCCGUGUACUCGAAGAUCCAUCAGUGUCAUUGUCUCAACUGAGCUAUAGUCCUAGAUCAGCACAUAUUUCUGAUGCCGAGCUUUAUUGUCCAGCAAACUGGUAUGUUGCUGUAGGUACCAGUUGCAUUAUAUGUCCUCCAGGAAGCUAUAAGCAUCGAAAAUGUCACAGAUGUGCAAAAGACACGUAUCAAGACCACGCCAAUCAGACCAGCUGUAAGCCGUGCCCACCAGGAACAGGUACACUUAGAAAGAGUUCCUUUUUGCUUUCUCAUUGUGUGGAUCAAUGUAUCAUAAAUCCCAGUGGGCCCGGCUGUGAUUCACAUGUUCGUAAUAACAACGGAAAUCAUCAGAUCAGUACCACAGUAAAAUCAACAACACAACCUACAACCAACAACCUCCUUCCAUAUCUUUGCUAUCCACCAAAUCAUGGAAUACUAUCUGAGCCCUGGAGGAAAGUAUCAGUGGAGACAGAUAGAAACAAUAUUCGAGACGAUAACACAAAGAAAGGUGGGAACUUUCGUAAUGGUUGGUAUCGUUUCAGUGAUGACAUUGGGGGCAAAAUGCCAGAGUCUUGUCCUCCCACAGAUAGAUGUGGAACAACUGUUACGGGAUGGCUGAAUGGAACUCAUCCUUCUACUCUUGGAGAGAUGGUGGCAAGAAAAGUUUGUUUUCAUUUCUUUGAAAAUUGCUGUGCGGAACAGACAGCAACAGUGAAGGUAAUCAAUUGUGGAAGUUACUACGUGUAUCACCUACCAGACAGUCUCUGGUUUCCUGGUGGUUACUGUGGGGAUGCCUAACUCAUACAAGGCAAACUGAUAAAACACUAGUAUCACAUGACAGAAGUAGUAGCAAGACUGCAGUAGACAGAAAGAAAUGCAUUGUUUCACUGUGACGAGAGGUAGAGUAAAAAAAUACAUGACAGUCUUAACAGUUUGUCCUAAUUACACAA